AUGUCUGCUUUAGUUCAGGCUUUUACUCAAUACAAGUCGUUGGAAGAAUAUUUGGAUGCGUGUUUCUCUAUUGUUCUUAAGAAUCAAAAUAUUUCCAUACCUCAAUGUAUGAUUAAAAAUGACAUUAACCAUUUUAUGCAUUUGGUUACACAAUGGUCUCCUUUAAAAAACACAAAAUUUACUCGAACCAAACAACUCAUAGAACGUACUAUAUGGCUUCUUGUUUAUUCUAGUUCAAUUAGUGAAUCAGAACAAAUUUUAGAAUCUCUAUUUAGUAUAAUUUUAAGUAAAUACGAUGUUAAAUUGUUAAACGCUACAAACAACUAUGAUGAUACCCAUUGUGUGAAAAGCAUAAGAUAUUUACAAAAUCUUAUAUCAUCUAGUGAGAUUGAACUUGUCGAUUAA